CCACGAAAUAGCUUUUCUUCUCAAGAAUUUGGAGGCCACGCAAAUUUGACUAUCCUUUUUAUUCAAUUUGCUUUUCACCUUUAAGACUUUAGCUAAUUAACUAACUUUUUAUAUUGCAUAUAUCAUAUAUGGAAGCAUCUUUUCUGAAAAGGAUGAUCAGCUAAUGUGCGUAUAUAUAAAAUUACAUUCAUAAACUGAAACAAAAGAUGGCCCCAUGAUAUACGCAGCUUCUUCGUCUUUACCAUAAAAGUUCACACGUUAUAUCCACAACAUCUAACAUCACGUAAGAUUCAUAAUGAUUGCAUGUAGGCCUUUAAAGAAGCUUGGCUGAAAUUCACUUUAUAUGUUCACAUGUGAUGUAAUUGUAUAAAUUAAUAAUUUGAGGAAAAGUUGCAUAGAGAUCUCCUUGAUCAAAGAAACAGAAGAAACUCAGAAUUUUCCAUAGUGGAUAUACCUUUAUAACUUUUGCUACCUAUCCGCACUGUGGUACGUUAUCAUAAUUUUAUUAUUAGUAAUUACCGCGUGGAGUAGUACUUAAAAGUGAAUCCGAAUAUAUUUAUGUCAAUAUUAUAUAAGUAAGCAUGAAUAUAUCUUAAAUACUCAUGCAUCUCACUACGCAUUGCUUUUUCGAAUAAUGUCUAUAAAUAAGAGCGUUACACGCUAACUACCCAACACACACCAAACACAACACAAGUCUUUGUUGAUGAUGAUGGGAGACACGAUGGGCACAUUUGGUUCAAGCAUGGCAAGUUUGUUCUUUUUCUGGGCAACUUUUCAACAAAUAUUCCCUGAACACCUCAAGAUCGCAAUCAAAGAGUUCCUUUUGUCUACAAUCCAACAACUCUCAUUUGUCCAAAGAUUCUCCGACCGUGUCAUCAACUUCUUCUCUCCUUACGUUGUCAUCAGUUUCCCAGAGUACGAAGAGUACCGUUUCAACCACGCUUUCGCAGCCAUCGACACUUACCUUGGGGCCAAAGCAAUCGGUAAAGCUCAUAAGAUUAGGGCAAGUCAGGUCAAAGAGAGCAAAGGCCUAGUUUUGAAACGUGACGAGGCUAAAGUCAGAGACGUGUACGAAGGAGUUAAUGUCUGGUGGGAGAUUGUUACUGCUACCGAUGGAGACAGAACACACAAGCUUACUUUCCAUAGACGUGGGUUGGAGAUUGUAACCGGAUCUUACAUCAACUACGUGAUGGAAGAAGGGAAAUCAAUCGAGGCCAAGAACAAGAAGAUGAAGCUGUUCACCAAUAACCCUAGUUUGAACUGGGAUACUAGCAAGAAGAGCUUGUGGAGACACAUUGAUUUCGAGCACCCGGCGAGUUUUCAGACACUGGCUAUGGAUCCUGUCAAGAAAGAAGAAAUUCUAAACGAUCUUGAGGCGUUUAGAAAUGGGAAAGAGUAUUACAAAAAGAUUGGGAAAGCUUGGAAAAGGGGUUACCUAUUACAUGGACCACCAGGGACUGGUAAGUCCACAAUGAUCGCGGCGAUGGCGAAUCAUUUGAACUAUAACAUCUAUGAUCUCGAACUCACGGCUAUUCAGAACAACUCUGAGUUGAGGAAACUUCUUACCGCAACAUCGAGCAGGUCGAUUAUUGUGAUCGAAGAUAUUGACUGUUCUGUAGACCUAACGGGCAAGAGAAGGAAGAGAGACGGUGACUUGAGUGUCAAGAAAGAUGGAGAACAAGGCAAAGAAGAUCAAAACCAAAGCAGAGUCACACUCUCUGGUCUUUUGAACUUCAUAGAUGGGAUAUGGUCGGCUUGUGGACAAGAGAGGAUUAUUAUUUUCACGACGAAUCAUAUCGAGAAACUAGACCCGGCUUUGAUCAGGAGAGGAAGGAUGGAUAUGCACAUUGAGCUGUCUUAUUGUGGUUUCGAGGCGUUCAAGGUUCUUGCUAAGAACUACUUGGACGUUGAUUCUCAUCCUCUGUUUGGUGAAAUCGAGUCUUUGCUGAAGGAAACAAAGAUCGCUCCGGCUGAUGUUGCAGAGAAACUGAUGGCCAAGAAUCAUAAAGUAGAUGUCGAUGGAUCCUUGAAAGACUUGGUUGAGAGUUUGGAGAAGAGGAAGAAGCAACAGAGAGAUCACGGUGAUGAUCACAAGAAGAAGCUAAGUGGCAAGAAACUCAGAAUAUUUCGCGAAUUGUUUUAGGAUAAUGUCUGAUUAUAUCUUUUUUCUUUUGAAACCUUUUUUUUUUCUUCUCUUUGAACCUGUGUGAAUGUGAUAUAUGAGUGUAAGAAUUUCUGUUCGAUCAUAAUAAUAACUUACAUUUGUUUUCUU